UAGAGGGCUGAAGCAUUGGACGUUUUGCACACACCAGUGCAAGCAUGAGGCUGCAAGAUCUGGUUUCGCUGUCAGGGUAGGAUUGACUGUAUAAUGAACAGUUGAACAUUGACUGUAUAAUGAACAGUUGAACCAAUUUUUCCCCCCUAACUGUAUAUAGCUAGAAAGAUCAGGUUCGUUGGUGUUGACGCAUGGCUAUAAUUUCCAGAUCAAUUCUCAAGUGACAAGUUCAGAAAUGAGGUACUUGGAGUCGAGCACUGUAGCAUCAGAUGGAUCUUUCACCACGCCAGAACUUGCAGUAUCUGGCUGGAGCUAUGCCAUAGAACCUGUCGGUAUCACAAAGGAUAAUGCAUUGACAAAAGUUGGACUGAUGGAGCAGAUAAACACCACAGCAGAUGCCAGUGACUUCCUCUGGUACUCAACAAGCAUUACUGUUAAAGGUGAUGAACCUUAUCUAAAUGGCAGCCAAUCCAAUCUGCUUGUAAGCUCACUUGGGCAUGUUCUUCAGGUCUACGUCAAUGGUAAAAUAGCAGGAAGCGCUCAAGGUAGUGCUAGCAGCUCACUCAUCUCCUGGCAGAAACCAAUUACACUAGUACCUGGAAAGAACAAAAUAGAUCUUCUGAGUGCAACAGUUGGGCUGUCGAAUUAUGGUGCAUUCUUUGACCUGGUAGGUGCCGGAAUUACUGGGCCAGUAAAGCUGAGUGGACCAAACGGCGCACUCGAUCUGUCUUCAGCACAAUGGACAUACCAGAUUGGACUCAGAGAAGAUUUGCACCUGUAUGAUCCUUCAGAGGCCUCACCAGAAUGGGUCUCAUCCAAUGCUUAUCCAAUCAAUCAACCACUGAUUUGGUACAAGACAAAAUUCACAGCCCCUGCAGGUGAUGAUCCUGUUGCCAUUGACUUCACGGGAUUGGGGAAAGGCGAAGCCUGGGUGAAUGGCCAGAGCAUUGGUCGAUACUGGCCAACAAAUAUAGCUCCACAGAGCGGCUGUGUUAACUCAUGCAACUAUAGAGGAUCCUACACUUCGAGCAAAUGCCUCAAGAAGUGUGGGCAGCCAUCACAGACUUUGUACCACGUUCCCCGAUUGUUUCUCCAACCAGGCAGCAAUGACAUAGUCCUUUUCGAGCAGUUCGGUGGUGACCCAAGCAAGAUAUCCUUUGUGACAAGGCAGACAGGAAGUGUAUGCGCACAAGUGUCAGAAGCGCAUCCAGCCCAAAUUGAUAGCUGGAUUUCUUCUCAACAGAAGAUGCAGAGAUCUGGACCUGCACUUCGCCUGGAAUGCCCGAAAGAAGGUCAGGUCAUCAGCAGCAUCAAGUUUGCAAGCUUCGGGACACCAAGCGGCACAUGUGGGAGUUACAGCCAUGGCGAAUGCAGCAGCACUCAGGCUCUCUCAGUUGUUCAGGAGGCCUGUAUUGGGGUGAGCAGCUGCAGUGUUCCAGUGUCAUCAAAUUACUUUGGAAAUCCAUGCACAGGGGUCACAAAAAGCCUUGCGGUUGAAGCUGCAUGUUCAUGACAUGUCUGAUAAAUAUUUGUUUGUAGGAAGCAAAAUCAAUUGGAGAAGGUGAAACCUUCUCUGUGUAGGCAAGCAGGCAAAAAGGAAUAAAUGUUCCCAUGCUGGUCAAAAGGAAUAAAUAUUCCCUACAUUGCUACAUCCAAGCUAUUAGAUAGAACGCUUAGAAAGGGGGUUACUCUUGUUAAGAUGAUGAAUUCAUCCAUGACAAUGAAGGUGAUCUUUUUGUAAUCCUUGUUAAAAAAAGAACUUUUUAUUUCAAUCAAAUUUAAUUACACUUCGGGG